UCUAGACGUAAGUUUCCUCCCUUUUUCCAAGGUUUUGUGUCGAUUGAGAAACCUGAUUGUCGGAUCUCUGCUCUCAUCUUUACCUCGAUUACUCUGGAUCUAAUCAUAUCUAGAGGACUUGUUUUGAUUGUUUCUAAUCCAUACGAAGCAAGAAAUCUGAAACAAAAGUUUACUCAUAGAUGUUGAAUACGACUUGAGCUGGAGAAUUUUCUGUGAUUCGUGUGACAGCGAUUUUGGGAUUCCUCCAGAAUAGGACUUGAGCUGAUGAGAAUCAGUGCCAUGUCGCAAAUGCAACGAGUAGGCUUCUCCAUCGAAUUGCCUUCACUGGUUCCUCUGCAACUUCCAUCUCGGAUGGAGACUCACCUAUGGUAUAUUCUACCAGAUGAAGUGAAAAGCAAAUCUCUUCUAAAACACUACUCUCAGCUUCUCUCACCAACCGAGAAACACAGAGUGCUUCAGAUGCGAGGCGAUGAGCUCAAGAAGAACGCUUUGCUUGCCCGCACCUUGGUUCGGACCACCAUUGCCAGAUAUCAAACAAACAAUGCUUCCGAUGAUCCUCGCUGCUUGAUCUUCAAGAAGAAUGCUUAUGGGAAGCCUGAGGUAGAUAACCCACCUUUGCAUUUCAACAUCUCCCACACAGAUUCAUUAAUUGCCUGUGGAGUGACUGUACAUGUUCCCGUUGGUAUCGACGUUGAAGACAAGGAAAGGAAGAUCAAACAUAACGUCUUAGCGUUUGCUCAAAGGUUUUACUCACCUGAUGAAGUCAACUUCCUGUCAACUAUCUUGGACCCGGAAGCUCAGCGUACGGAAUUCAUCAAGCUAUGGACUCUUAAGGAGGCUUAUGUAAAAGCCUUAGGAAAAGGAUUCUCUGCUGCACCUUUUAAUACCUUCACGAUCAAGGCUAAGGCUCAUACAAAACAAGGCUACGAUCUUUGCGCCAAUUCAGUGGAGGAUACGAGUAAAUGCAACGGAGAUUGGAAGUUUGCGCUUUUAGAGUUGGCUGGUUCUCAUUAUGCUGCAGUCUGUACUGAAUAUGAUCAAGCUAGUGGAGGAGCUCCGUUGAGGGUGAUCGUCCGUAAAACCAUCCCUUUUGUAGAAGAUGAACUUAUUUCUCAAUAAAAACUUCUUUAGGUUCUGAGACACAAAGAUCUAUCUGAUUUCUUCUAUUUGGAGACGAAGGAUUGAAUGGCUAACACUGCCUGCUUUAUAAUUGUUGGUCGGAAUGAUAUUCCCAUCUAUGAGGCCGAAGUUGGAUCUGCUGCGAA